AUGCCCAACUCUAAAGCCAGCGCGGCUCUUCUCUCCUCUAUCACUGACUAUCAGUAUUGUAGGAAGGCUUGGUCUAAGGAGUUGUUUGAAGCUCUGAUGGACCCAGAUUUCUUUGUUAUGGAGCCCACAGCCCUGUGUCAAUGGAAGGUGAUAACGGAGCACCUGAUAGCACAUGAUAACUUGCUGUUCCAGGAUCUCCUGGUCCGGGUUACAACAGCUACUGGAGGUCUGUUCAGCUCUAACGAAGUGUUUUACACACAGAAAGCGAGACUGUUGAGGAGGCUAUCCUUCACUAUGUUCUGUUGUGAGUAUAAUCAGUUCGCUAAGUACAUCUCCAAGAUACAGGAGUGCUUUGUAGAGGCACUGAAGCUCGGACAAGCACCUCAGGUCAUCAGGGAAGUAUUCCUCGGUUUCAGAGUCGUUAUUUUGAGGAUGUCCCCUGGAACUUACACUCCACUCUGGCCCAUCAUGCUCAAUGAAUUAUACGGGAAUCUGGUUGAGUUUAGGGAUACGCUCAAGAAGAAGAAGUCUCAAGAUAGUCUAGACUUCUCUCCCAAGAUCCUGGCUAUGUAUCUGUCAGUCAGUAAACUGUUGGACCAGGCUCUUAUCCUACCAGCGCACAUGAUCCCUGACUUCCAGGUUCACCAUUGGUCGUUUGUUUGCGACAGACCACUGGACCAACAGCCUGACCUCGUGGACCAGACCUUCGCUUCCUUGUCAAGGGAGAUCAGCGAGGAGUAUGAAAUGGUCAUGGAGUUAGAAGAAGAAAGGCUGAGGAGAACAAGGAAUGCGCCCUACAUAACAUACCCUAAUAUUGCUAGUUUCUGGGACCUUCAACCCUUCUAUUCCGGUUUAGCUAAGUAUGGUCUAUUUAAUACGAUAGACAAGGAGAUCACAGAAGAAACAACUGUCAAACUGCUAGAAGAUUCACUCGAUCUGGAAUACCUAGACCUAAACUAG